CGCCGGUGGCGCGAGGGUGACGCAGGCUGGCGUCGAACUGUUGGCGGCUUUGGGAAUAAUGUGGAGGGUGAAGGCGGCCCUGGGCAGAGUGUUUCAUCGCUGGCCUGUCACCGGACCCUCACCCUCGCUGCGCCUGCCUCCCUCUCACUGUGCCGAAGAUGACCGGUUGAACCCACUGGCUCUGGGUCCCACCCACCUUCCCUUGAAAAGCAGUGCUACAGAUCCUCAGAAUGGAGAAGAAAGAGAGAGGAGGAGAGACGAAGAGGAACAGAGGGCUCGAUUUUAUUCCAAGUCAUUACCGCAGUUUUCAGGAUUGGAUGCGGUUGGCUGGGGUGCUGCUGCUGUCGUACUCCUGCAGUUCGUCAGACACCUGCACCGCCAGUUCUGUCACCACAGCGGGCCCCAGGACAGUGACACAGGCUUGCGUGUCCGUAUUGCAGAUUUUGUGGCUUCUGCACUGACACCAGACCGAAUCAAGCUCAGCCGGUGCAUACUGCCUCCGUCUGUGGGGCCCAACACCAUCAGUAGCUCUGUGCUUCCAUGUUCUGCAUGCAUAGGUUCAUCCACUCCAGCAGAUGGUGUUGCAGUCCUGUUUCAGACCAGCCAGGAAAACUUCAACACUAUUGAACAAGAUGAUCCACUGUUUAAGGAGAUUACAGAACACUCAGAGUACAGUGCAACGGAGGGGAGUAGCCAGCAGCCACAUCUCCAGAGGGAGGAACCUGGCUCAGAAGAAGCAUUAAACCAAGCCGCUUCCUACUUGCAGGGUACAGCUGAAUCCAGCACUUCUCACAUUUUAAACAUUAUGGGGAUUGAAAAUGUAAAAGCUAAGGAGGACGAGAUGGCUUUCUCCUGUUUCAUGUUGGCAGCCCAGCAGGGCUAUAGCAAGGCCCAGUACAACGUUGGAGUGUGUUACAACCUGGGAAGAGGCACAGCCAAAGACACCGAGAAGGCCGCUCUAUACUACAGUCAGGCAGCUGCUCAGGGACAUGCCAUGGCUCAGUACCGCUGGGCCAGGUAUUUGUUGGAGGCCAAGCCAGCAAGGGAUGUCAGAGAUACCCAAAGAGCCAUCAAGCAGUUGGAAAAGGCAGCUAAGUCUGGACUGAGAGAGGCCCAAGCUUACCUCGGCGUGUUCUACACUAACGAGCCUCACCGAGAUCUGCAGCAGGCGGUCAGGCACUUCACCAUGGCAUCGAGCAGUGGGGAUGCUGCGAGCCUGUACCACCUGGGAAUCUGCUGCCAGCAGGGAUGGGGUGUACCGAAGGACCACCGGCGAGCCGUGGAUCUCUAUGAGCAAGCUGCUGCUCUCGGACAUCCUGACGCACAGUGUGCUCUGGGCGUGUUCCAUCAAAAAGGACUGGGAGGCCUCCCCGUGAACCUCCGGAAAGCCUUGGCAUUGUAUCAGAAGGCUGUACGUGGAGGAAGCAAGGAGGCAGCACGCAACCUGUGGCUCUUGACAACAGAACUGCAGGCGAGAGAAGGUCUGACCACAGCCCGUGACUCCGACCCUCUGAGGUGUGUGAUGUCCUCCCCGUGUCUUCACGCACGGGGCACGCUGAGAGCACCGCUCCCUCAGCAACGUGCCAGUGAAACCGACGCAGGCUCCCUUCCACUAGACGCACCUCUGACCCCACUGCACCACUCGUGGAGUACAGGCUGCCUCCUUACCUCGCCGCUCAGCAGUGGGGGUCUCCGAGUCAGUGCCAACCCAUCUGAGACAGACUGCAAUGUGCUGUUCCCCAGGGAUCGCCACACGUUCCUUGUCGGUGUGGGAUGAUUUACGUGGAGAAGUGUCAGGGAGGCCUGUGUGUGCUCCACCGCCUCAUGGCCAGAGGAUCUUCUCACCUUGUUUGAUGCUCCUUGGACAGGCAAAGUUUGAGGGAUUUCUGCUGUUCACUGUCUCAGCGUGGACUGUCUACAGUCCUCACAGAUGCUGCUCAACCUGCUGAGUUCCUCCUUCAGAUUGUAUGUUGCUCUAGCUUUCAGCUUCUGCAGACUCCUGUGUCUGCCUCCGCUGUUGCUACCCAGACUGCCUGGUUCUUGGCCCAAAACGCACCAAACUAUUGCUAGGUUAAGGCCCUGCUCUUGCCACAGAGAGUUCAGAAGCAAGGCACCAUGGACGGUUCCCUGCUCUCUUUCUCUCUUCACAGGAGAGCAAUGUGCUUUAACUCUUUAUCCUGUCUGUUGUUGUGCCUCUGAGGUUGCAGGCUCCGGUUCUGUAGAAUCCCAACCAGGAGCAGUCAGAUGUCUGGCAGGGGUUGGAGGCACCUCUGGGAGUGGGAACAAAUUUGGGUAGAGUAUAAACACAAAGCACAAUGGGGCCAAAUGCCCUCUGUUUGAUGUUUCCGUGGGCAGUGGUGGGAUAUUUCUCUCUCUGCUAGACCCACCAUUAAUUUAGAAAGCUGCUGCCCAAAUUUACAUUGAACCCCUUGCUGUCCAGACAUGCUGCCAGUUUAAAUGUUAGUGUGCACUCCUCGGCAUCUUUCUCCUUUGUGCAGAUACCCACCUGUGACUGCACAUACAUGCACACUUACAUGUGACUGCGAGCGCACAGACAUAGGAGCGGGAUUAAGCCAUUCAGCCCAUCGAGUCUGCUCUACCAUUCCAUCAUGGCUGAUUUAUUAUCCUUCUCAACCCCAUUCUCCCCAUUACCUUUGACACCUUAACUAAUCUCUGCUUUAAAUAUACCAGCUUACAUGUGCAUGUGUGCACACAUUCGGUCAGUCACAGUGAUUCAUCAUGUGUUGCACCUAUAGUUAUAACGACUCUGUUUAUACUUUCAGUGGCAGCCCCUGGUUCUGAGCCCAUAGCCCACUGACCCGUCCUGCUGCAACACUGGGCACAUCUGCAAGCAAAGAGACUGCUGUGAUUCUGUGCCAUGUCGUGCCUUCUCCGCACUCCCUUGAGCACAUCACACCUCCCUCACAUGACAUACUCUGUGCCACAUUGAAUGUACAACACAGCCCUGAGUGUUCUGCGCACAAUCUGCAGUGCAUGGAAUGUGUAAGGCAUAAUCGCUGUGUGCAGCACCCAUACCUCCUGGCCACACAGUGCACCCCAAUUCCCUCGGCACCUUUAAGCUUGUGAUAUAGGUACCUGACACUGGUUCAAUCCCAAACUCUUGGGGCAGGCUGUGUGAGUGAACUGGCCGCUGUCAUUUGCCCCUGGUGGUUAAGUGGUAGAAUGUGGGGGGAGAUAAUGAGAAUGUGAGAAUUUUUUUUUAAAUCAGAUUACUUUCAGAUAGAUCAGUAUGGACUCUGUGGCUAAAUCUCCUCCCCCCCCACCCCCCUUUUGUUAUACUGUGUCACGUUUGAUGGCAUAACCUUCGUGUUACAUUGACAGGCAAAGUGUUCUAGGCCUUUCCUGAGUGAUGUUACUUAAAUACAGGGAUUCUAAUCUUGAUUCCGUUUGAUUUUGCUGUUCGAUUCUAGUUAUCUGGGAUGCUUAACAGUUCAUGUUGCUGCUGAUUUGCUUUCGAAAACAAGUUUAACUUCGGCUUGCCCUCCACAGAUGAGGAGAGUUCCCAGGAUCUAAGCCAAAGGCUGGAACACCUCCAAGGACAUCAAGAAAGAUGGAUGGGGCAGAUUGUUCACUGGUUUCCCCUCACAACCUCUAAGGCUUCACCUUGGUAACUCCCGUCCCUGGUUGUCUAAAACACAAGACUUCUGUUCAUAGUUCUACCGUGCAUCAAUAGCUGUUCACUCCCAGAAAUCAGCAUACAGUUGAGUAUCCUGAUGGAAAGGUCCUCUUGAUUACUGUUUAAUUCCACCACCUCCCCACCGCAAAGUCUUGGUUCAACCAUUGCAAAUAGAACAUAAAACAGUAGAGGCCCUUUGGCCCAUAAUGCUGUACCGACUUUUUAACCUUCUCUUAAAAUCAAUCUAGCCCUUCCCUCUUCCACCGCCCAUAGCCCUCCAUGUUUCAAUCACCAUGCAUGAGAUGAUAUCUAAUACCAGGGGCAUAAUUUUAAGGUGUUUGGAGGAAAGCUUAGGGGGAUGACAGAGAAAGGGGAUUGCGUGGGACACACUGCCAGGGAUGGUGGUAGAUCCAGAUACAUUAGGGGCAUUUAAAAGAAUCUCAGAUAGAUACAUGGAUAAUAGGGAAAUGGAGGGCUAUGCGGAAAGGAAGGGUUAGAUUGAUAUUGGAAUAGAUUAAAAGGUUUGCACAAUAUUGUGGGCGAAAGGGCCUGUACUGAGCUGAACUGUCCUAUAUCUCAGAUAUAAUAGGGCUCUAAGUUGUUUGGACCAUGUAAUGUUAAUGGUGGAUGGCCACACUUGUACAAAAGGCUAAGUUCAAGUUCAUAGAGAUGUUGCCAGGAUUUGAGGACCUGAUUUAUAGGGAAAGUUUCAAUAGUUGGGACUAUUCCCUGGAUCAGAGGAGAAUGAGGGAGAUUUGACCCACACCUGGAUCAUAGACCUCCAUACCACUCCCUUCCAAGUACUUAUCCAGACUCUCUUAAAAGAUUAAAUCAAACCCACAUCCACCAGUUGCUCUGGCAGCUCAAUCCACACUUCACAUCCUCUGAGUGAAGACGUUCUCUCCCCCCCCCCGCCUCAAAAAAAGAUUCCACUUGAAUAUUUCACCUUUCACCCUUAACCCAUAACUUCUAGUGUUAGUCCCACCCGACCUCAGUGGAAAAAGCCUGCUCGCAUUUACACUAUCUAUACCCCUCAUAAUUUUGUAUUGAUAGCUAAGGACACAGAGAGGGCAAAGAAAAAAAAGGCCAAAAGGGAUUUGUGUAGACAGGAGUUUACUGAAAGAAUUCAGUAUUGCAUAUGUUACAUGAGGAAUUCUGCAGAUGCUGGAAAUUCAAGCAACACAUAUCAAAGUUGCUGGUGAACACAGCAGG